AUGCUACCCUAUUUGCUACUCUUCGCAUCAGUGGAAAAUGCAGCUGCCCUCAUAUGUCUGCAGUGCAAUGGAUGGCAAGGCGACUACCCUAUGAAAAGCUCCUCUCUCAAUCAGUGCAAUAACCUGAACAAUCAAUGCCAGACCGAUUUCUACUGCGUCAAAAUCACCGACCCAAUGAAACCAGGCGUUCCGUAUGCAGUCUAUAAAUCGCAAUGUUGGAAUCAGGAUUCCUUGUCAGUUACGCCAAUGAAUACCACUAAUGUUGAAAGUGGCCGUUGCUAUGACUUCGAAGGCGCCGAAAUUCCUCCCGUAAGGUAUAAAUAUUGCUUCUGUAGCAACGAGGACUACUGCAAUGAAGUGAGCGUUCUACCCAUUAUGGCCAGCAUCAUCAUUCCAAUCGUCUCACUGUUGCUCUAA